GCUGCCGCUCCUCUGCCUCGUCGCGCUUGCGGUGGCCGCUGAAGUCCGCCACCAUCCUCCCCACGACGUGCUGCCCUGCACCCGCAGCCAUGUGCCGGACCCUGGCCGCCUUCCCGACAACCUGUCUGGAGAGAGCCAAAGAGUUCAAGACCCGGCUGGGGAUCUUGCUUCACAAAUCAGAGCUGGGCUCUGAUGCUGGGAGUGUUGGCAAGUUUGAAUGGGGCAGUAAACACAGCAAAGAGAGCAGAAACUUCUCAGAAGAUGUGCUGGGGUGGAAAGAGUCAUUUGACUUGCUGCUGAGCAGUAAAAAUGGAGUGGCUGCCUUCCACACUUUCCUGAAGACAGAGUUCAGUGAGGAGAACCUGGAGUUCUGGCUGGCCUGUGAGGAGUUUAAGAAGAUCCGGUCGGCUACCAAGCUGGCCUCCCAGGCUCACCGGAUCUUUGAGGAGUUCAUCCGCAGCGAAGCCCCUAAAGAGGUGAACAUAGACCACGAGACCAGGGAGCUGACCAGGACGAAUCUGCAGGCUGCCAUGGCCACGUGCUUCGACGUGGCUCAGGGGAAGACACGUGCCCUGAUGGAGAAGGACUCCUAUCCACGCUUCCUGAAGUCACCCGCUUACCGGGACCUGGCUGCCCAAGCCUCGGCCGCCUCUGCCUCUCCAUCCACCAGCAGGCCAGCUGAGCCCUUACACACCUGAGCCUCAUGGCAGUGAGGAAGCCAGCCGGGAAGAGAGGUGGAGUCACCCAUCCCUGAGGUGGCCGCCCCUGUGUGGGAGGCAGGUUCUGCAAAGCAAGCGUGAGAGGACAGUGAAGAAAAAAGCCGUUCUGGCAGCCUGUUUUGGAAGCAAAACCCUUUCCUCCAGAUACUAUGGGACUGAAUUCCAUGCAUGAGAGGGCUCCCCCGACUUCUAGGACCUGUGGAUAAGGGCUGAAGAUGAGGGUUGUGUGGGGCUCUCUCGGGAGAAGAAUGGUGGUGUAAGAGUUAACAUUGGCUCCUGUCAUUCUGGAAAUAUUCCAGGGUAGUUGGGGAAACAUGUGAUAAAGGGAAACUGGAAAAUGAGAAAGAGGAAGAUAACCAGAUCAUCUGUUUUGCUUGUUGAACAGUUGACUCUGAUCGCAUCCUGUUUUCCUAAUUCCCAGACUGUCUUGGGCACAGAAGGGAGCGGUGGAUGUGGAGCCGUUCCGUCCUCCUCACCUGCCUCUGGGCUGCCCGAGGGUCCCUUAGCUUGUACUUCUCAACACCCCCGUGUCCAGCCCCACAGUCUUGUCAAGGCCAGGGGACCAAUGUGAUGUUUGCCCCAAAUGAGAUUUUUAUACCUCAAAAACUAGCCUUUGAGCCCCUUCCAAGUCAGUAGAGAGCCCUGAAAAGAGGCCUUCUUGCUCAUGUGAAAUUGAUCUUGGUGCUCUUGGUGACCUCGUGCAGGUGGCCUCUGAC